AUGGAGCUAGAUAUUAUCAUUAACAAGGUCAUCGGCCUGAAAAGCCACGGGCUAAGCACAGAAGAUCGCAAGGUGUUGAAGGAAGACCGUCGUCUUGUAUUUGCUUGGAUUGACGAAGCUCCCAAUGACCGCGAAACGUCGGUAACGAAAUGGCGGAAAACACGUGCCCGAAAGGCCUAUCGAACAAUUCAGGACGCCAAUGAACAUCUCUUUCUAGCUGCGAUUUUGUCUAUUACUCCGACUCAGUGUUCAAAAAAAAUAUUCGACAAAGUACUGGAGCGUCUGAUACGUUUGAACUACGAAGAAUUCUACUUUACACUCGGUCCUGAAACGAAGAGUUUCCUGGAAACCAUCGCAGCAGAACAAGGCUUCGCUGGGAAUCGUCGGUACCUUGCCUUCAUGAAAUCUUUAUUCCCACGCAUAGAACCAAGGCAAAUUCAAUUUGCAUACUCGCUUGUGAGGCGCGAGGAUAUUCCAUCUUUUCUUGGAAAGAUGAUGGAGGGGAUUACCUCUAGCCAAGAAUGGGCCAAAGAGAAGUCGCAGGGAGGCAACACUACAGGUUGCGUGACCAUUAUCAUUCCCACCAACGAGCAUGAAGACGGAUCCUGCAAUAUCAGAGUGAAUCGCACAUUGUUGAUGCAAGCGAUUCAUGAUUUUCGGAUGACAAGUCUCAAGCUCGAGUGA